UUGACUGGUUAAGAAAAUGAAAUGAGAAUGUAGCGUUUUAAAUUUUAAAUAACUCAACCUAGCAUGUUAUAUUUGCGAAGUGAAUGUGACGUGAUGCUCAUAAUGUCCAAAUGAUGAAUGCUGUAUUUGCAGAGAAUGCUCAAAGACUAAAACAGAUUUUGGAAUACGCUUACAAUAAGACUGACUAUCGAAGAGAAUGCCACAGUGAGAUGAUAAUGGACACACAAGCCGUCUAUAUGGAUUUGACUUUGUGCGAAAAAGCACAUGAUGGUUCAGGCAACGGGAUGAAUUACUCGAACGUGGAAGAGUUUGUACGUGACAAUACGAGUAGACUGACCAUCAUUCUCGGGGAAGCUGGCGCAGGGAAGACUACAAAUUGCAAACAAAUUGCCGUCACGUGGGCAGAGGGAAGGUUGGAAGAGUAUCAAUUGGUUAUACACCUCAAUCUCCGUGAAAUUUCUAAAGGCGAGACUCUUGGAUGCACGAUCAGGAAACAGCUCCUUCCAAUAAAACAAGAGCUCACGGAAGAUGAGAUAAUUCAAGCUAUAGAAUCGGUUGAAGAGAAGACACUGUUUAUUUUGGAUGGGUAUGAUGAGUACCCACACAUGGAGAAACAAUCAGCAGAAGGCAACAUUUCUAAUCUCAUCAGGCAAAAUUACCUUCCUAAAAGCCGCAUUAUCCUCAACUCGAGGCCAUGGAGAGUCCGUGACGUUGAAUUGUUUGCAGAGAAGAAGAUUCAUGUGGAUAGUUUGAGUCGUGACGAUUCACAGCUGCUGAUUGUAAAAGUUAUGUCGACAUCUUCUCUCGACAUUGACAAUGCCAAGAAACAGAUCAACCACUAUCUGUGUCAAGACCUCUUAGACGAGCUAAUCAAAAGGCCUUUCAAUGCAACAUUGUUAGGUCUAAUCCUGAAAGAUGAAGAUCAUGAUCUUUCCGAGAGGAAACCACAGACCAAUGCCUAUGACUUAAUGAUAAGUCACAAGAUUCAACAGUACAUUCAAAAGUAUAACCUCUCUCUUUCCAAUAAGGAGCAACAGGAGCUCUGCAAUGAUAUUGGAAAAAUUGCAUUCAAAGGUAUUUUGGAAAAAAGACAAAAAUUCAACAGAGAUGAUUUUAAGGAUGUGAAUAUUGAUCAUUCACUGAAACUCGAUCUAAUACGAGAAGAAGGGAAUCCAUUUAAUAAACAGGAACAAAAAUACUCCAUUAUUAGCUGCGAGUAUCUUGCCGGCAGGUACCUUGAUAAUGUUUUGUCUUCUGACCGAAAUGUUGCUAAAUCAACAGAAAGGAAAAUCCAAUCUCUUAUUUCCCAGGAAAAUGUGACAGAAAAUAAAAAACUACUCCUCUUCGCCAGUGCCUCCGAUAAAGCCUUGAAAGUAAUUUUGGAGAAGCUACUUCGCGUAUUAAAACAUGAGCACGAGGGGACAAAGAAGACCGAAAUUCUGCUCUUCUGUUGCCAAGUUAUCUACGAGUCUCAGUCAAAGGGGAAAAUGAGGGCAUUGUGCCAGAAGAUUUUCAAUAAGCAAAAGCUACAGCUUACUUAUGGGCACCUCAAUAGCGAAUUGAUUCGGGCCAUGUGGUACAUGCUGACCCACAUUCCAGAAUGCGUGAAGUGCCUGCACGAAGUAACGUUAGACCUCACCGAAGAUGUCCCUCUUGCCGACGACCAGAAAAUUGUGAAAAUAUCUAAGGAAGUAACGGAGAAAUUGUCCGACUGUAAACACAUCACUGUCCUCAAAGUCACUGAAGAUGGGGAAACUAAAUUCAACAUUCUUCACGAUAAGUUUAUUGAAAAUGGUACGGUGAUAGACUAUGAUUCAACAACGAUUCGCAAGGGGCAGGAAUGCUUCAUGACAAAUAACCUGCUUCUCAACAUGAAGGAAUACGAAAAACUGUGCAAUAAAGUUGGAAAAACCACAUUGCAACGUUUUAUAAAACAUGGCACCACAGGCCCAUUCUUUAAAGACGAUUUUAAAAACGUCAAAAUUGAUCAUGCAAUACAACUGAAUAUAAUAGACGAAAGCCAGCAAGGUAGUGGAACUGAAAAAUAUUCGACUACCAAUCCAGAAAGUCUCAUGGGUGGGUAUCUUAAACAUGUCCUGACAUCUGGAGGAUUUUUUAGGAAAAGAUGGGCAAGAAGCAAACUGAAGUCCCUUGUCCCACAGGGAAAUUCGAAGCAAAAUGAAAAGCUUCUACUUUUUGCCAGUUCCUCCUCAGUCACUGUUUCAAAGGUCAUCCUGGAGUACCUUCUCAUUGCAUUAAAAGGGGAAAAAAUGGUCCUGAUGAAGUCCGAAAUCAUUCUCUUCUGCUGCAAGAUUAUCCGUGAGUCUCAGUCAAAAGACAAACUGAAGAAUACGUGCAAGGACAUUUUUAGUCAACAAAAUCUAAUGCUUACCUGUCGCCACUUAACUGAUCAUGCGAUCUUAAAAGAUCUACACUAUGUACUGAAUCACGUUCCAGAAUGCGUGAAGUGUCUGCAGGAGGUAACAGUGGACCUCAAUGUAGGAGUCGCUCCCGUGAAUGAUCAGGACAUAAUCGCGCUGUCACAAGCCGUGACUGGAUGUCUGGCCGAAUGCAAAAGCAUAACUAUUAUUCCGUCACGUGAAGAGAGAGGAAGUGAAAUGGGGAACAUUUUUCACACGGAGUUUAAAAACAAAGGUACAGUAUACGAAUGCAGUAAUACACAUACAAUAAUUUAUGUUGACAACAAUAGUGGUAUUAUACAGCCCCUUGUCAAUCCACUGCAGGAUGAAAGCCUCUCCACUCUGUGCAGUCUUAAGGACUGCUUAACCAUACGACACCAUGCUGGUCAGUGGGUGAAGCUUAAUAAAAGCCAUGCACCUGGGUCCAUAUGGCAGUUCACAAACCACAGUGCUACCACUCCACCCCUGUAUACAUUGACAAUAGAACACCAAUAUUUCGCACUCCAACGAUCCGCAAAUCCUAAAAUCCAUGGCGCCCCUACGGUUAGCAGCGACUCCCGUAAUCCGUGGGGGGCAGAGAUCCUGAAAUCUGCAAUUUUACCACGUAUGUAUUUUUUUGGAUACCAUUCGGGAGUGGCUAAUUCCUCCCAUAAAUAUGCGCCACGGAUUUUCAUUUUUUUAAGCGCUGCGCUCCUCAAAGACGCCGGGCCGACUUCUUCGUCUUGUGCAGCGGUGACUCUUUCAAAGCUUCAAACGAGCCGCCCUCGAGGCUUUAAUAUCAAAAGAAAGGCACUCUCUUCAUAGAGCCCUGCACAGAGACAGAGAACGAGAUUUUCAGACUAAUCUCUCUUAGCAUUGCCAGGCUCCGGGAAGGCGAAUAUUGUUGCUUUUUCUGUCAAUGCAACACGGGCUCUGUGUCUUGAGAGAGACGUAGCUGCUAAGGAACAAACAGAGCUGUUAUAGGGACAAGCGAAACUGCAGAGAGACGAAUCGUGGUACACUUGAAAUCACAUUUACAUUUUAUUUUGCUUAAUGUCAGACUGUACUGACAUGAUCUGUUGAGUCGUAAUAUAUGUUUCCAUCCUUUUGACUCCCAUGUCAACUCCCAAAAAUGCUACAUUUCUUUUCACGUAGACCCAUAUGGCACAUUUAUACAUUUGGCUCUCAGGAAACGAUGCGAAAUUCAUAUAUUUUUUGCUGAUUAAUGAAUUCGCAAAAGUCACGUUUUGCACUUAACCCCGAUAUCCGUGAUUUCAGAGGGGAUGAAUAGAGUCGUACGGCAGAUUCCCGCUCUGCACACUGCCCCGGCAACCUGAGUUUAGUUCUGGGCCACGGUCAAUAUUAGUGACGACGUCCUGGUAUGACAUUUUAAUGACACAUUUCAGGAUUAACCUUUGCGGUACAGCACAGAUUAUAGGAUCCGCAAGUAAAUUCCCGCAUAUUAUUGUGGGCUGUCUGAGUUCUGCUGUACUUUGCAGUUAAGGUGAAAACCUUACCCCCUCCCAACCUGGAAAUUCAAUGAAUUUCACCUCCGAUUAGCACGGUCGGCUACAUACGGUGCAAAAGAAGUUCAACAUAGAUACAUGUUUGAUGA